UCUACUUUGAUUUCUCCUUAACAUUUACAUAAAAAUUUUCCGAGCUGACCCUGAAUGCAGCAGCAUUAUUCACCGGUGUUAGUUGAGAAAGUCGCCUAGUUCCUGUACAUUAUCCUAAAGUUAAAUAAACCCUAAUCAGCAAAUGGACGUCCAACAUGAAAUAAACCUGCUGGUGCAAGAGAUUCAUCGACUCGGCACCAAAAAUGCAGAUGGAAAAACCAGCGUGAAAUUCGGUGUGCUUUUUAACGACGACCGAUGCGCCAAUAUCUUCGAGGCGUUGGUGGGCACCUUGAAGGCAGCCAAGAAGAAGAAAGUGGUGACCUUCUCGAGCGAAUUGCUCCUGCAGGGAGUCCAUGAUGAUGUCGAUAUCACGCUGGUGGAAGAAUGAGACCAGAGUUUGAAGCCUUAAAAAAAAAAAAAAAAAAGAAGAAAAAAAAACACAAAGUGUGUAAAUGCUGAGGUUUGACGGCAGUUCUGCUCGUCUGGGAUCAGUGACCCUGAUCCUCACUGAGGUUCAGUACUGGCACUAAAAGUCAGUGUCCAAUAAGAUCUGAUUUCAGUGUGCCACAAAAAAAAAAAACACCCCUCAGUCACAAACAUUAUUUUUUUAAUUAAUAUUUUGGGACUCAUUCAUAUUUGUACUUCCAGAUAAAAGCAACCAGGAUGUUCAUGUCAUUUUCAGGUGCUGCCAGUUAAUCAGCUGCAUUCUGCCAAGAAUUGUAUUCAUCAUUUUUUUGUCAUUUGUGUUAAUUUUUGAUCAACAUAGGAAAAGUUUCUCAACCAAAAGUCUCUAACAGUCGGUCAGAUGGAGCAGUUUGUCGUAAACAUUUCAUCUUCAGACACGAAUGAGCUUGAUGACGGAGUAAAAGUCAAACCUGUCCAAAAAAAAAAAAAAAAGCAUAAGUUGCACCUUUUUCUGUGUUAUCUGCUCUUUAAUUUAGGA